AUGUCAUUAUCAUCAUCAUCAUCAUCAUCAUCAAUCUAUUCCGGUUAUCGUUACGAAAAUCAGAAACCAUUUUUGAUGUAUCAAAAACCGCUUCAAUUCAGCUGGUUUAGCACAGCACUCAAAAAUAUACAAGAAACGGACGGCGAUUCGAAACAUGAAAAAGAUACAGAGGAAAACCGUACGAUAGUUGCCGUAUCGUCUACUUCCACUACUGUAGAUGACAAGUGCGCUGCAGUGGAGUUGAAAACGGAUGAUGAACGAUCGAAAUUUGUUGUAGACAAUGAUGAUCAAUUAAAAUCGACCAAAACAGUUCUACCUGUUAGCGAUAACGUUGAUUUAGUGAACACAACCCAUGGUAAUAAAUCGAUAGAAACUCAUUCGAAAAGUUUAACUGCGAUGUACUUGGAAAAGAAGAAUCUGGUGGAAGAAUCAGAUCUGCUAGAAGAAUUGCAAGAAGGGUCAUGCAAAAAUGAAACUCCGAAUAUUAGGAUCAGUAAGGAGGAAGGACCUGUACGACAAUCAUUGCUCAGUUUGGUUAUGGAUGAAGACGUUCCAGAAUUAAUGGAAGCCAUGGCCGAGAAGUUAGAAUUCGUCUUUGAAGAUCUCACACCAUCUGUAUCCAACGUUGGAGAAGGAAUAUUGCGUAACUCAGCGAAGCGUUCACGUUCACGUCCUAGGGAAGUAAGGCUAGAAUUUCAUUCAUCAUCACCAACAGUGUUCACAUAUCCCGAUGAAGAAUCAGCUGUUGAGAAGGCACAAUGGGAUGAAGGGAAAUUGAUCACUUUUACAGUUUAUCGAGAACUCUGCGAAGGGAAAAAAGAACAGUUAAUAGAUGACAAUUACAAAUUUCAAAGUCUUUUACAACCUUCGCAAAUGGCGAGCAAUACAGAAUUCCCAUUUGUAAGAACAGCAACACUAAUGGAGGAACCAUCAAUGGCUGAAAGUUUGCUAGGUGUCACGGGUCGUAUCUCAUACAACAAUGCUCCCAUGGGUUUAGAUCGAUUCAAUAAAAAUACAGUGUAA